CCACCUACUAAGGCUCCCUGCGCGCCGCGCUCCGCUCACUGGCCGCGCGUCCCAGCCGCCUCCCAGCAGCCGACGAUCCUGCCGCGCCUCCCGCCAAGACCUCACCAAAAUGCCGUCUCAAAUGGAACACGCCAUGGAAACCAUGAUGUUCACGUUUCACAAGUUUGCUGGGGAUAAAGGCUACUUAACAAAGGAGGACCUAAGAGUACUCAUGGAAAAGGAGUUCCCUGGGUUUUUGGAAAAUCAAAAAGACCCUCUGGCUGUAGACAAAAUAAUGAAGGACCUGGACCAGUGCCGAGACGGCAGAGUGGGCUUCCAGAGCUUCUUUUCGCUAAUUGCUGGGCUCACCAUCGCAUGCAAUGACUAUUUCGUAGUACACAUGAAGCAGAAGGGAAGGAAGUGAGCAGUCCCUUUGUCCUGAUAAGAGUUCUCCCAAGGGGUCCCUUAAGGAAUAUGUGCCCCACAGCUUCCCCCUGUAUAAGAAUUUCAUGAGCAGAUUCGGGACCCUUAAAAAAAAAUGUACAAAUAAAAUCCCACCCCCACUGAACAAGAGAAAGAAAAGCCAAUAAAGCCAGAUAAGCUUUUGAUUUUUAUAUUGCUUGUAUCCUCUUGCCCCCCAAUAAACAAGUUUCUUUUUUAGUU